UUGCUUGGGUUUGCUUUUCCCCUUCUCCGGCUGUUCUGACUUCGCCUGCUUCGCAACCAGUCGCUAAAUAACUUGUUCGCCUCCUUCGACGACGUUCCGUCCUUUCGGAUCCGAAGUCACACCUCCGCCGUUCUUCUGUUGGAUCGGAAGUAACGACGACGACGGGAACUUGAUCCUUGCGAAGGUAGCCAUCUUUCUUCCUUUCGCGUGCUGGCCUAAUCCCGUAAAUCCGCCGAACUCCGGGAUUUAUCGGCAAAAAGAGGGAAACGUAGGAUUUAAUUCGCUGUGAGAUUUAACAGUUCUAAAUUUUCGCUCUUACAUUCGAUCCUCUCACCGCCGCUGCCGCCUCUCUGUCUCUCUCUCGGUCCCACGUCAGCUUCCCCGUCCGGUGAAAUAACUCAGCACAAGUUGGAGAACGAUUUAUUUUCUGUUUUCAUCGUCUUCAGUCACCUAAAAGGUUUUGGUUUUAUUCUUUCCCUUACUGGUUCUUUGAUUGGGAAAGCGAGCAUGUAAAGGAGCAAGAUUGUGCUUCUUCAGUGCACUUAAGCGUUGGGUUUAUGGUUCAAGCAAUGCUGCAAAAUGUGGUCAGAGCUGCUUCAAGAGCUACAACCAAGACUAAAAAACCAAAAUUUGCUGUUUUGGCUGCGAUCAGCUGCAGGAGCAAUGAUAUGGCUGCUUUGGAGGCAAAGUUCUAUGGAACCAUUGGUGUGGAUGAGCCGCACUCCAAGCUAGUUGCUCAUCAGAUGAUUCAGUAUGCUCUUGGGCAUGCUAGGUCUCAUAAAUCAGGAGAUUCAUAUACAGAAUCCUUGAUGGUGCUAGAGCAAGGGAUUUCCAACUUACGUGGAAGCGAUUCCACAGAGGAUGCAUUGGGCAUGCUCAUGCUUGCAAUAUCUACUUUGCUUUAUGAAAGAGGCGAGCUUCAAGAUUCCAUCGAAAAGCUUCAGAUGGUUCAUGAGUUGGGCAGUGCAUCUCUUGACGUUAAAGUUGCAGCAUGGGAGGCUCUGAUAGGGCUAAAACUUGAGGCAGGACAGGAUGUCUCUUCGUUGGUCCUCGCAAAUGAUUGCUUCCAAUUGUUGAAUAGUAGCGCCGUAGGCAAUGGAUCUGUGUUGGGGGUUCUGAAGUCACGGGCUAAAGCUAACAAAGGACUAACUCAUCUUGUUCUUGGAGAACUUAAAUCAGCGGAAGCACUCUUUGGUAGUGGCGAAGGAGAUUUUGAGGACGGUACAGAUCAAAUAGGAAAUAUCGCCCUCAGUCAUGGGGAAUUUUCACAUGCUACAGGGAAAUUUUCAUUGGCAAAGGAUUUAUAUGAAAAGGUGAUACUUGCUAAAACAGAAAAUGUUUCAGAUAAUUCUUGUUUGGCAUCUUCAAACAUGAUAUCUGAGGAAGUUCUUUUGGGAGCUACUUGUGCACUAGGUCAGCUUCUGUCACAUUCAGGGAAGUUUGAUGAGGCAGAGGAGCUCUUGACAAAGGCACUUACCCAGGCUGAAAGCCAUUUUGGUUCAAGUCAUCCUAAGGUUGGGGUUAUACUGACUUGUAUAGCUUUGAUGUAUAAACACAAAUCAAAGUUGGAGGCUUCAAGUGCUAUAUUGAUACAGGAGGGAUUGUACAGGAGGGCUUUAGAUUUGCUGAAAGCUCCUCCUUUGGAUAGCCAAGAUUCUGACAAUGAGCUUGGAAAACAGGACGUUAUAGCACUUGCAAGAGGUGGGUAUGCAGAAAUCCUCUGCAUUCAACAGAAGAGGAAAGGAGAAGGUGAAAGGACGAGGAAAUGGGCAGAGGCUAUAUGGAGGAAUCGCCGCAUGUCUCUGGCAGAAGCAUUAGAGAUCUCUCAACCUUUUAAGUCUCCUGUUGUUGAUAGCCGUAUAUGCAGAGUUCUUUAGUUGCAUCCAUCCUUUACUGUAAGCUUAUUGAAGAUACGAUGAUGCCCGGUGGGAAUUUACCGUCAUGUAUAAACUACAAAAACAAGCAAAUCUUAUAGCGAACGAUAAUAUAACAGUUGGCUCAGAUUGAUCGGUUCAA